AUCCCUCAAGCCUGAGCCUAUGUAAACCGCCUGGCCUUCGAGAGUAAACUUAUCAGCGCCCACAGCACCCAUCGAGUUUUAAGAGUUGUCUACUACGAAAAUCCUAUUUGAUGUUCUUUUAUGUAACUUGUUAAAAUAAUAAGGCGAACAAUUAUGAGACAUGGUGUGGGAAUGUGCCACACAGGAGAAGAUUAAUUAGGGGGCAAAAUAGUUCCUUGAAAUGCUGAAUUUGAAAGUUAAAACAAGCUUUUGUGUUCUUAAACAUAGUCAUAUUUAUAUGUGUGCUGGUGUUCUCGUUGCAUGAAUACGGAUAUAAUCAUCAAAAGAUUCUUAAUGUGGGAUGUAUGUUAAUUGUGUAACCCUCCCUUUGCGGAUUGAUUUACGUUUUAUUGUCGCUCUGUCGGCCACAUGAAAACUUUAACCAAUCGUUUUGCAGAUAGCCCACAACAUAUCAGCUAACUCUACUUUGUUGGUUGAGAAGUUGGGAGAACAAUUUCUAGCCUUACGUAUAUUUCCCAAUGAGUACGAUGUUCGAAAAUGUCGAUCUCUGGGUCAAUUAGCAAUUAUUAUGUAGAUUCUCUUAUAAGUCAUGAAAGUGAGGAGACAUCUUCCACCAAGUUUACUCCGGGGCAAUAUAUAGUCUCCAGACAGACGGGGCUUACUGAGCACCCCGACUUCUCAGCUUGCAAUUUUCAGCCUAAAUCUCCUGCAUUCAGCACCUCGUGGAGUCCUCUGUACCCGCAGACCACUGGCAAUGCAUCUGCAGUGUACCAUCCUUUCGUCCAGACUAACCCCGUCUCCUCGGAGGGCAGGUACAUGCGGUCUUGGCUGGAGCCUACGCCCAGGACCGUGGCUGUACCGGGGAUAGCUCCCAACCGCCAGGAUUCAUUGAAAACCGAGUCAUUGGUCGGUGCUGGCGGGGAAACGUUACUGGUGCCGCUGCAAAAAAUAACCUGUGAAUCUUCGGAGAACGAGGCCAUCGAUCCCAGCAAAGCGCCGUAUUAUGAAGACAAUACCAUAUGUGAAGCCACCGAAGACAAAGAGACGAGACAUCAAAAUAAUCCCUCGGCAAAUUGGUUGCACGCUCGAUCGACAAGGAAGAAAAGAUGUCCUUAUACGAAAUAUCAGACUUUGGAGCUCGAGAAAGAAUUUCUAUUCAAUAUGUACCUCACCAGAGACCGGAGGCACGAGGUGGCCCAUCUUCUCAACUUGACUGAAAGACAAGUCAAAAUAUGGUUUCAGAACAGGAGAAUGAAGCUGAAGAGACUAAACAAGGAGCACGGGAAAUAGGACCCGGUCACCGCCUCUGCUGGAAACUGAACCUUUCGCGAAAUAAUAACGGUCACACAAUGCAAUACAUCCUUUAAGGCGCAGUGAGUGGAGACCUCGAGCAACUUAGGGGGAAAUGCUGCACAGGCAGAACGAUUCGUUUUAACAUCCAGCUAUUCGGCAGUUUAAUUCGAACUGAUCUAACUGCAUUUAUUCAGGGAAUACUGUCACGUGUAAAGGAUUUUAUUGCAGGAUAUUAAAGGAUACCACUUCCUCUCAUUCCGACCAACUAUUCCAGUCAUGCACACAGGAUCUUGUUUUAUUUUGGCCGCGUCUGCUCUUUUUAGGUAAUCUUUAAGGUUAUUUAUAAAUUAUUAAAAUAUCUGUGCAACGCUUGCAAGUAUCCAUCGCUUCCUUCAUUCCUUCUGACUUAACGUGUUGGAAAAUAAUCUUUUUUAUAUAAAAAAAGGGACGA